GUUCAUGUGACCGUCAUGACGGGUUUUAGUGGAUGGUCUAGAGACCUGUGGUUGUACAUGACCGAGUGUUUCUCCAUGUACAAAAUUAUAGAGCAUGCAUGGGCUAGUGCCAUGGACUUCCUGGCAGAAGAUAACCUGUGUGGGAGGACCCUGCUCCGGCUGGUGUCCCGAGGUAACGCCAUCAUCGCAGAGCUGCUGCGUCUGUCGGAGUUCAUCCCUCCGGUGUUCCGCCUGGACAACAAACGGGACCAGGAGGUCUAUGGUGACAUCAUCACAGACUUCUCCUACUUCCGUCAGCAAGACUACUUCGACCACAACAUUGAGAAACGACCAGACUUACAGGACCUUGAUGAACAGUUCAGGGAGCACAAUAUUGACAUACUGACCAGGUUCUAUUUGGCAUUUGAGAGCAUCCACAAGUAUGUCACAGAUCUAAACAGAUACCUGGAGGAUCUCCAGGAGGGAGUGUACAUCCAGCAGACUAUGGAGUCUGUUCUGUUGAACGAGGAUGGGAAACAGCUGAUGUGUGAGUCCCUGUUCCUGUACGGCACCAUGCUGCUGGUGGUGGACAUGAAGUUUGAAGGAGUCAUCAGGGAGAGGAUGCUCGUCUCCUACCACAGGUACAGUUCUGCCCGUGCUGUGACUGACUCCAACAUUGAUGAUGUCUGUAAACUGCUCAGGAGCACAGGCUUCUCCCCUGUCCCUGGGGCCAAGAAACCAGCCAACUAUCCAGAAUCAUUCUUCAAACGAGUGCCCAUCAGACCAGUCUUCAUCAGUAUGGUGAUUGGUCGGCUGAGGUCAGACGACAUCUACAACCAGAUUUCGGCUUACCCGCUCCCCGAGCACCGCAGCACGGCGCUGGCCACGCAGGCGUCCAUGCUGUACGUCAUCCUGUACUUCGCACCGGAGAUCCUCCACAACCAGCAGGCCAAGAUGAGGGAAAUUGUGGACAAACACUUCCCUGAUAAUUGGGUGGUGAGUGUGUACAUGGGCAUCAUUGUGAACCUAGUAGAGGCCUGGGAUGGCUACAAGGCAGCCAAGACUGCUCUGAACAACACCAUAGAGCAGGCUAACAUCAGGGAACAUGCGUGCGUGCGUGCGUGCGUCUUUGAUAAGCUGAACCCUCUAGUGAAGCAACAGCUGAAGGAAGGUGUGCUGACAGAAGAGUUUGUACUGGACUCCAUCCCCAAACUUAUGAACAUCAUCCGGGAGUGUAAUGUUACCAUCCACUGGAUGUUACUGCACACUGUGGAGUCAGGUGCUGACCUGAACAAGCGUUGCCGGCAGCUGAGAGAGCAGGUGAUAGCUGACAGCAAGUACAACCCUGGAGUCCUGUUUGAGUUACUACUCAACACAGCACAGCUGGAACUCAAACUCAAGGAGAUGUUCAAACAGAUGCUUCAGGAUAAACAGAACAAGUGGGAACAGUGCAAGAAGGAGGGUUCAGAGAGGGUAGCCGAGCUGGGGGAGGUGUUCUCAGGGACCAAGCCUCUCACAAGGGUGGAGAAAAAUGAGAACCUACAGGCCUACUUCAAUGAGACGGCCAAGCAGAUCACCUCUUUGAGCUAUGAGGACUCCACUUCUGCUGGGAGGAAGAUUGUGCAACUCAUUCAAGCUCUGGAAGAGGUGCAAGAGUUCCACCAGCUGGAGGCUAACCUGCAGGUGCGACAGUUCCUUGCGGAUACCCGGAAGUUUCUGCACCAGAUGAUCCGCACUAUUAACAUCAAGGAGGAGGUGCUCAUCACCAUGUCUAUAGUGGGAGACCUCUCCUACGCAUGGAACAUCAUUGACAAUUAUACAGGAUAUAUGCAGCAAGGUAUCAAGAGGGACCCAUCUCUGGUCACCAAACUCAGGGCCACCUUCCUCAAGCUUGCCUCAGCCAUGGACCUGCCCCUGCUGCGUAUUAACCAGGCCAACAGUCCCGACCUGAUCAGUGUGUCCCAGUACUACUCAGGCGAGCUGGUCACCUACGUCAGGAAGGUGCUGCAAAUCAUCCCAGAAACCAUGUUUGGACUUCUGGGGGUCAUCAUUAAGAUGCAGACCAGUCAGAUUAAGGAGGUGCCCACCCGUCUCGAGAAGGACAAGCUGAAGGAGUUUGCCCAGCUGGAGGAGAGAGCCAAGGUGGCCAAACUCACACAUGACAUCUCCGUCUUCACCGAGGGCAUCCUCAUGAUGAAAACUACUCUGGUUGGGAUCAUCAAGGUUGACCCCAAGCAGCUGCUGGAGGAUGGCAUCAGGAAAGAGCUGGUGAAGCGAGUGGCCUACGCACUGCACCAGGGGCUCAUCUUUAACCCAAAGUCAAAGGUGAGUGAGCUCAUUCCGAGGUUAAACGCCAUGGGAGCAGUGAUGGACGGAUUCCGGCGGUCGUUUGAGUACAUCCAGGACUACGUCAGCAUCUCAGGGCUGAAGAUCUGGCAGGAGGAAGUCUCCAGGAUCAUCAACUACAAUGUGGAACAGGAGUGCAACAGUUUCCUCAGGAUCAAGGUGUCAGAUUUCCAAAGUCUGUACCAGUCAAAAGACAUUCCAAUCCCCAAAUUUGCACCUGUGGAUGCAUCGGUCAACUUUAUUGGUCGUCUAGCCCGUGAGAUCCUCCGCAUCACUGACCCAAAACUGACCACGUACAUCGACCAGAUGACAGCCUGGUACGACAACAAGAGCAAGCAGGAGAUCAUGACAAAUAGACUCUUUACAAAAGUACAGAAGAGCCUGGGUACAUUUGGGCUGACGGGUCUGGACCGUCUGCUGUGCUUCAUGAUCGUGCGUGAGCUGCAGAACUUCCUGGCCGUGCUGCAGCGGGGCGUGCUGCGGGACAAGACGUGGCUGGAGAUGUUCGCCAGUCUCAUGAAGAGUCUCAACCCUGUCAGGGGCAUUGUGGCCAAUGCCACCAAGGUAUACCCUCAGGCCUGUACCAAAGCCAGUAAGAUGUGGCAGCUGUUCUUAGAGGUCAUCCUGAAGGUCGGACAGAUCCAGCUGCUGAGGAGACAGAUUGCCUACGAGCUCAACUUCUCCUGCAAGUUUGACUCCAAGUUCCUGGCCUGUGCACUGCAGACAUUCAAUGAGUCUCUACUGUCCAAUAUAGAGGCCCACUACCAGGACCCAUCCCUACCCUACCCUAAGGAGGACAACCCACUCAUGUUUGAGUUGACAUCCUACCUAGAAUGUGCAGGCAUCAACAACCCACUCAACAAGAUCUAUGUGACUACCCAGCGGUUGCCGUACCUGUCGCUGCUGAACUUCCUCUUUGUAAUCUCACAGUUACCAAGGCUUCAGUAUGUCAAGGCUGUUGGUGAUCUUGUGUGUAAGAAGCCGACAGAUGGCCUGGAUGGAGUGCCGUUUGUAGUCGGCACCAUCACCCUCCUGAAGCAGUUUCACAAGGAGAACACCGACCACUUCCUGGCCCUGCUGGGACAGUACGUCAGGUCUAUGGUAGACAGCACCGCCAGCAACUCCAAGUCAACUGGCCUCUCAGAAGAAGUGGUGAAUGUUUUAGCCUACCUGGAGAUGUACAUGUACUACAGCGAGCUACCAAGAAAGGCCGUGGAAGCUCACAUUCCCAGCUAUCUGUUUGAUGAGUUUAGAAGCAAUGUUCAAACAUAGAAGCUGCCCUGCAGAGAGAAGAGGUAAAGGGUUCACUUUUCAAAAUGAAAAGUCCACGUGUCUAAUCAUUGCAGGUACAGUGUGCCUUUGAUUACUUUUCAUGAAUACAUGUUACAGAUUAACUGUGAUAGAAAUUUCCCACUGAAAAGGACCAGCACUGUCAGCUGACUUAGAAUGGUAAAUAGGAUAUCAAGCGCCUUAACUGCAUUCUAUUGAAGACUUAAAUGGUGUAACAUUAGGUUUUCCAAAAUAUGUCUACAGGAUAUUCUAAUGAUGAUGAUUUGAUAGCUACUUAAUGUAUAAAAUUGUCUUCUAUAUGUGAAUAAUAAUAAUAUUAAUUAAUAAGAUAUAGUUAUGAUUGUAAUGAGUAGUUGAGAAUUUGCCUAUUGGCUGUGUAUAAUGUACCUCAACAAGGGAAAUUUGAACUGUUUUGUAAGAAAGUAGUCCAGAGAUGGAAUCAACUUUCUUUCAUAUGUGAUUAAGAAUCAUGUAGAUUUAUGCAAGUAUGAGGGACAUUUUAUUAGCAAAGGAAACCACCUUAAUUUGCAAGUUUGAAUUUUCAGUUAAGAAUAAAGUCAAGAUACAGAGAACCACAAGGCACAAGGCAUUGUGGUGCCAAGUACAUGUACGAUGUAAAUCAAUAUUAUAGUAAUAAAUGCCAAAUAGAAAUGUCACCAUAAGAUACUAAAUGUGAGAAUGUCAGGUGAAAUUCUAGCCUACAACUUAAACGCUAAGUUAAACAAAUAAUGCUACAAUAUGAUGUCCAUGCAGCUAUACAAUUCCAUCAAAAUGUGCCAUGAACAUUGCUGAUGACUUCACUGAUUUGAAUAAAUGUAAAA